CAGGCUUUUAACUUUUGGUGAAAGAUCCCAGGAGAUAAACUUAGUGUGAUAACAGACAUGGUAAAGAUGUUACACAAUUCUAGUUUAUUGUAAGUGUUAAGUUUUUCAAAAAUAUAUGACCCAAUUCAUUAUGCAUACUCAGAAGUAUAAUUUGAUAGAUAACAAAUUGCUGGUGUAUGAAUUGAAACAUACAGUUAAGAAUUGGUUCACUUGACCGAAAAAGAUUUUGGCCAAACACUGUUUAAGUUUGGCUUUGCAUGGAAAAUUGAAGAAAGUUUAAUCAUUUUUCUUUCAUACAAAAUAAAAUUUUUGACUAUUUUUUUAUUUGUGAAUAUUUUUUCUUUUUAAUUAAUUUCAUAAUUUUACAAUUUUAUUCCCACGUUUAAGUUGCCCUUUCUAGGAAUGUUUUUCUAUUUAAAGCCCAAGGCAGAUGUUAAAAGCAAAGCUGAUAAGCAGAUUGCUUGAUGUACAAAUAGCUCAGGGAAUAUUCAAAUUUUGCUACAUACAUUCUUUGGAGGGUUUAAAUAAAUACAGAACAGUAAGCAGGCACCCCCAUUGAAUGAUCUACAACUGAUACUCAAGCAUGUGAUGGCUUUCUGAUAUAGCAAUACCAUUUUUACUUAAUUAGGUUGAGUAUACCAUGCUUAAGAGUAAUCAUUAAUAGACUGAAGAAAAGGGGCCACUUCUAGAAAUUAAUCAUUUGUGUAUAGUUUGAAUGCCAGUCUAUUUUAAGCUACACAUCUCAUGGUCUAUUGUGAUUCAUGAUUGUAACACUAGCAUGAUUGUAAUGUUCUUUUUUCACAGAAUUGAUGGUAUAGAAGAUAACUCAAAGUUACGAAGAGGGAUUCCACGUAUUGUCUCAUCACAAUCAAUGCAUUUACGGUAGUGGAACUGGCUGUUUUUUUUGUUUUUGUUUUUUGUUUUUUGUUUUGUUUUUUUCCUUUUUUUUUUAAUUCUGACCUUUCAUUUACACAGUUACAAUUUUACAUUCAUAAAAUAGGUUAAAAAUGAUAACAAUUCGAUAUAUUUAACAAUCUUACGCAGUUACCCUAUUUUCAGCUUAAGAAAUUAAACAAAUUAAACUAAUUAAACCAAGCAACAUAACGUAAAAAAAAAAAAAAAAAAAAGAGAGAGAGAAAAAACAGGAUAGAAGGCAAAUUUCCAAACGUGGUAACAAACACAUUGUAGACAGCUGAUUGUUACCUUUUCUUGUCACAAAUCCACAUAAUUUUCAAAUAAAUUUUCACUCACUAAUCUCUUCGCUUGUCUUAACCACAUUUAUCCAAGUAUUUUCUUGUAUAAUUUCAGUAACUUCGUUCCAUUACUGGAUACACUCGCCUUGUUUUUCCAAAUCAGAGAUGACUAUGCCAACUUACUCUCGGAAGAGGUAGGAAGUGAAUUGAUUAAUCGUAAAUAAUCUUUUGGUUACAUUUCUUUGCGUAUUUCAAAUAUGUAAGUGAAUGAAAUUUAACCCAUUUUUCACUUUUGCACUUUUCACAACAGUACAAGGAAAACAAAAGUUUUUGUGAAGACCUAACGGAAGGAAAGUUUUCAUUUCCGAUCAUUCAUGCCAUCCGCAGUGACUCUGAAAGCACCAGAAUUUUGAGUAUCCUUUUUGAGAAUUUGUCUUUCAGUAGCCCCUCUUAAGUUCAUUAAAGUUCGCUGGGUCGGGUCUCUGGGGAGGUGAGUAUGGUUUUAAGAGCAGAGGGGAAGGGUUGGGGAGAGGGGGGGAAGACGGGGCUUCAUGUAAAGGAAGAGGGUUAUUUUCAGGAAUGCCUCGCACAUUGUAGUCGUGUAUUGCGCUCGAGUCAGGAAAAUCCUCACAUAGACGACGCAUCGACGACUACGGCGUUCUGCUACGUGGGAAGUCAUAAACGAAGCGAAGUAAGAGAAGAUUUAGGGAUUCGUAAUAAGGUUUUGCUGUGUUAUCUUUGUUACUAAUUAGUCACGGCUAAGUAGCCUUAAGAAUAUGAGUUAUUUUGUUUGUUUCGUUGAUUGGUUUUUUUGUUUGUUUGUUUUGUCUUUUUUUUGUUUGAUAAUUCGUUUGUUUGUGUUUCGGGUUAGAGGAGGCAUGCGUGAGGCGAGCGCCAUGUGCGAGUCAGUCGCCAGAGGAGGAGCAUUUUAUCGACCACAUGCUUUGGCGCACUUUUUGCGCUUGCCUUGCGUUCUUGAAAACGAACAAAAAAUUAAGCCCGUGACUGCAGACUGUGGCUGCUGGCGACAAUGCCGCUGUUUUCCUUGAGACCAAGACCGAUUAUAUGCGACCCUUUUUUAAACUACAGUAGCGUAAUUAAUGAUCAACAGAUCUCGUUAAAAUUGUUGCUUACCGAGCUAUUCAAAACCUUAAUUCCCCAUUGCUUAGAUAUUUUGAGACAGAGGACAACUGACGUAGACGUUAAGAAGUGUUUUGUAGAUUGUUUAGAACAGGUGAGUGAGACAUGCUUGGACCAAACUCCUGGUCAGUACUGACUUUGAGAACACAUGUGUAUUGUGUUAUCAAUGUAACAAUGUGUUUGUUUGUUUGCUUAUUUUCUGGCAGAUUGGCUCAUUUGCGUACACUAAAGUAAUACUCAAGCAAAUGGAGGACAAGUAAGUAGAAGUCCGUAAUAAUUCGAUCAUUGUCGAAAAUGCUCAGACAUGUGAUACAAUUACAGAAGGGUUUGAGGUUCUAUUCCUCAUGGGGACCCAGAAGUUUUUCUUUGUCCCACGCUUGUGACAAGACGAAAAACAUCUUUCUCUUUUUCUUUACCGAGCUCAAAAACUUAUCAUCUCUCUUAUUCUACUUACAAACAUGACGUUAUCAACAUUGCUGAUCUUAACAGUAUGCAGAACUUCGUAAUAGACCUCGCUCACCAUAGAGUCUCCAGGGCGGAAUCCGAGGGUCUGAGGUUCGAUUUCACGUGGGGUCUCAGAAGUUUUUCUUUGUCCCACGCUCGUGACGAGACGAGAAAAUAUAUUUCUCUAUUUCUUUACCGAGCUUAAAAACUUACCAUUUCUUUUAUUCUAUUUACAAACUACAGGAGGUGUUGCCAUGAAAAAAGUCUGUACUUGACUGAGCCAGGAAGCAUCUUCACAUGUAAUUUGUAUCGGGUAAUUAUGAAAAUUAUGAAAUUAUGAAAGGUACCUGAGUCUUAUCUGUGUGGGAGUGGCAACAAUUGAUGUCUAACCCUAAAAAGUACCAAUUCAAAAGCAAAAAAUUGAAAAAUGUCAACAACAAAAAAAAACUCCUAGAGUGCUUAGAGGCUCAAGUCAGAUCAUUAAAAUCGUCCUAGUAGUGCUUAUUUCAGGUAUUUUAUGGAGCGAAAAAUACCCUAAAAGGUACCAGCUAGGUGUCUGGUGGUCCGCCAAAGUUUGAGACACCUUAAAAGGUACCAGAUCGUUGAUUUUGACCCCUAAAAGGUACGAGAAACAUCCUCACCCAUUUCCGAUCGCCUUCUCUCCCCCGGUCAGCACCUAAAAACAAAGAUUCGCCCUCCAGUAAAAAAAUAAGUAUUUAGGUCCUUUUCUGUCUUUUCCUAUGCUUCCUGCGCUCCUAAAGAGGAUUCAUACAGAUAUAAGUGUCGUAUCACGUUUGCAUUAUCCAGGUACAAAAGGUAGUCUAGAAUGAGCGUUUCGUUUUGGAAUGAAAA